UGCAUCCCUAUCCCGAUCCCUCCUGGAGACCCCCGGAUUCCCUCCCGCCCAGAUAGCUGCAUCCCAGCCUUUAGAUCUGCUCCUACCUGUGGAACGGGUUACUCUGCAUUUAAUUUUGGUGGAGAAUCCAACAAGAGAGAGCAGAUCAAUUCACUGACGGCCUUUCUGGAUCUGGGGCAAGUGUAUGGCUCAGACGAGAAGCUUGCCCUGAACCUUCGUGACCUCACCAGUGAUGCCGGCUUGCUGCGCGUCAACACCGAAUUCAGGGACAACGGACGCGAACUGCUGCCCUUCCACUCCCUGCAGGUGCAAAUGUGCGCCACCCGUAGAAGAGUCACCAACAAUACCAACGCCAGGGAGGUGCCCUGUUUUAUUGCAGGUGAUGGCCGCGUGGAUGAGAACAUCGCCCUGACCUCUAUCCACACCCUGUUUGUGCGUGAACACAACCGUUUGGCUCGUCAGCUGAAGAGGCUGAAUCCACAAUGGGACAGUGAGACUCUCUACGAAGAGGCCCGCAAAAUCAUGGGUGCUUACACCCAG